AUCAAUAUUCCGAAUUGUGAAAUCAAAGUGACUCUAGGAUUAAGUGAUCAGUGCUGUGUAAAUUUUAAAUCAAUAAAGUGAAGAUUGGUGAAAGUUCAAAUGCAGUGUAUUAGUUAACAAUCUCCUUUUACAGCUGACGCCGUCCUGUUUUGUCUCCUUCUCUCGAGUCCGGUCUGGCGAUGGGGCCUCCUUCCCUUACACGCGACUUUGCUCUGCACGACACACGGGCCGUCUCGAUACACAGAGGAAUCUGGCUGGCUUCUCAGUGCAAUCCUCACAUAACCCAUUUCGUUCCUUUUUUAUCUCAUUAUUUAUAUCCGUACUGUUGAUUUUAUCUUGUGAAGGUGACGUAUAUGGAAUUUAUGUGUAACCUCCAUUUUUUUUUACUGCAUUUCUUUUUGCUGGGAAAGGGUUACCGUGUGAACACUUUGUUACAGCCCUCCUGAAGCGGUGAAAUUCGCUGGAAGGUUGACUCCCCCGACCCGGCCCCGCCCCAGGUCAACCCCCCAGGUCUACCCCCCUCGGUUUUCUCCUCCCGCGAGACGGUGGUACUCUGGUAUCGACUUAUCUUAUGUAGAAUCUGUGUAUUAAUCUUGCGAAAUAGGGUUUGCGUUCGGUUACUACCAGUGGUCACGUGAUGGAGUAGUGAGUUCAGGCUAUAUUCACGUAACUGAUUAGUUAAUACAAGUGAAAGCUUUUCUUGUGUUGGUUCAUUUGUUCAAGUGAUCAUCUAAAAAUGUAUAAGAAUUAGGGAUUCACUCAUUUCAAUCAUCAUGCAAAGUUAACCAUUCCAUUUGUAGCUCCUUCAUUGUUCCUGAUUUCUCCCAACCACGGCACCCUUCUUACACUUUCUCUCAUCCCGUGGGCUGUGUCCAUCCCGAGGAUUGGUGGUGUGGUGACCCGGUGGCGUCCAGUGAUGUCUGCUGGGGGCGAGGUAUGACCCAGGUGUGACGCUAUUAACUGACAAACUUUUUCAUCCCAUGUGUAAGUCUCUUGCCAGAAUAUCACUUCUUUGACUUGCUAGAGAUGUUAUUUGUUUUACAGUUUUGCAUUUAUGUAUUCAUGAUGCAGUUGUUGAAUUGUUCACGGUGUAGUAGCUAAAGUCAGUGACCAAGUAGUUUAGGUUAGGGCAAACAAUAACAGUACUUUCAGUCCGGCUUCCUAAUUUGACCUGUUCCUGGCGACGGUCGUUUCCUGUCGCUGUUACCGAAUUCGCGGAGGUGACCACAACAGGUUGAGGUGAGCCAGUGUCGACUCCAUGCUAUGUAGUUGCACAAGACUCAUUAGGUAACAAUUUGACAUUAGACAAGACUUUGAAAGACUUGCAUUAAUUUCAGUGGUAAUUAUCUAAUAGUACAUUUCUUAUAAAUUUUUUAGAAUAUGGGAUAUACAGCUCUUAGUUCAUGUGAUCAAUCUAAGUGGUUGACCAUCAUUUAACCUUGUUUUAGUGUGUAUAAAAGGAGGAUUGCACUAUCGUCAGCCUCAAAAGUAACAAUUACAUUGUGGCUAUGCCACAUCAACAUGUCGUGCUUGGGUGGGGAAUACAGUCAUUUCAGAUUGUGCAGCUGCACACCGAUAUCUGCGCAGCAGAAAGGCAAAGUUGAUAAAGAAAGGUCCGAUGAACAGCAACCAGUGGCAGGCAUGGGGUCCUCCGCUGAUCGAUCUCAAGUAACAUGAGUGGACACCCGGCAAAAAACCACACAAAGCAGUAUACACAAGGUCAAUACGAGAAAGGCUGCAGGCAUGGGGUCCUGCAGUCGCCAGCCCAAGAAUUUUGGUAGCUGAAGGCAUAGGGCUAUGCUACCUCCAACCCAACGAAAGAAACACAGGUAUUUUGUAUGGUGGGCAUACUAAGAAAAAUCUAUAAACGAGCAUAUGAAGUACUAUUCUACAGAAACUUGGUCAAUGUAAACAUUGAACGAAAAUUCUUUUAUGGAAAUGUAAAAGCAACAAUUGGCAAAAUUUUAUUUCAUUAGAAAUACCAAGGCUUCUAUACAAAAUUAAGUAGAACGUUAAUUAUGAAGUUGGUACAAUUUUACGCAUGAUUGGGAAAAGGGAGGGAACAAGUGUGCAAGUAUAUUUCAGUUUGAAGCUGAUGCUGUCCAGAAAGAAAAGUAUGCAGAUUGUGAGCAGCAUCUGUGUGAAACUCCAAAUUGUGGUUUGUUUUAUAACUGUUACUAGGAAACUUUAAAACUUUGAUUUAGUGGUCCCAUUUGGUUUGCUAUGUGUUAUAUUAAGUGGGAACUGUAGAAUCUUGGGAAUAGUGGGAAGAAAUAAUUUUAUCUAGCAGGUGACUGGAUGAAUGACGGCAUACAAAAUUUUGGUUGUGUUGGCUGAUGUCUUCAGCAGUACUGCAGCGUUUGGGAAUGGGUACAUCGUAAGCCAGUAUUGUCUGGAUUCAGGUAACAAAUUUGUAAAAGAUCAUUUUGCAUUUUUGUGUUUCUAGUAAGUGUUGAAGAUUGGCAAACCUUAAACUGCUCUAUUUGUCUUCUUACACAAAUCUUGUUUCAAUGUUGUAUAAAGGUCUUAAAAGAUUUAAAGCUUAUGUAUGUGGUGAAAGAGAUAACCUUAACAUAGGCAUAGUGGAGGGAAAGUUUACUGCAGGCAUGAAGUCCUAGAGAUGGAUUCGGCUCCACUCCCACAUCGAAGUGCCCCCCUGUCCCCCACUUCUCCCACUUGUCAUCAAGAUUGCGAGGAAUAUUUGCAGCAUGGCAGACAUAGCCAGAUGGAUCACAAAGUUCUUAAGGUUGAACAAGGUAACACAGCAUCUCUUGAUUUCCUUGAUUAAUGUUUAAAGGAACAUGGCUUUUUUUAAACACAAAAACAGUUGUGUGACAAGGAUAUCUGAUGAGAUUGUUGUCGGAGAUAAUUUGUUUCUAUAGACUUGUAAAAGUUUUUCCAAAGGAACCAAAUCUUCCAGUUCUUGCUCGUAGUUGAAAUAUUUAUGCAUCUAGGUGUUUGUACUAGAACUUCAUGGAAAAUGUGGGAGAUAAAUACUCAUUCUUCAGAAGUAAUGGAUUUGUAUAAUUCCUUUGCUGCUAAUGUAACUUUAAUUCAUCAGAUGCUGUACUUUUGCAUGCAUUUAUGAAUGUAAUGGUUACCAAGUGCAGUAAAAUUGAUGAACCAUUUUAAAUUCUCAUUCAUUAAGAAUCUGUUGUAUCUAUUUGGUAUUAAUUGCCACCAUCAGUAAAGUUUUGGAUAGGAGCUAGGCUUUGGGCGUUUUAGAAUCUCUGCAGAUGCAGCGGGAUGCAGGGAGCCUUACGAGUUGAAAGGCAUACCAGUUGUCGAUGGGCAUUCCUGGAAGAGGUUCAAAGGAGAAAGUUGACUCUAUCGGGGCUCAUCUGAUUUGGGGUACAAGCAGUUUUGUUCCUACAAUGGUCAACUUUACCAUUCAACAGAGAAGAGGACAGACAAACCUAGGUAACAUUGUAAGUAUCUGUGUCAAUAGAUAACAGUACUAAGAGAAUCGGCAAUUACCUGCUAGGUCCAUCAUCGGGGUAGAUCAAAUAUUUCUGAUUUGACUAGGAAAUUGAGUGCAAUUUUAUGUAGGCUGAAAAAGGAAAUUUGAAAGCCAGGCACUAAUGCCUGAAACCUAGAUAAACUAUUUGAGUACAAGCAAAGGUUCCAAUCAUUAUACAAAUUAGUGUAGAGGUUUCCAAGAAGUCAAGAUUUAUUCUUGUACUUCAUGUUAUAUGAUUCCCAAGGUUCAUAAGAAAUUAUAUUCUUGUCAGUUGAGUUACUCUCAAUUUAUUUCUUAUUACUUGGAGAGCUGGUUCCCCUGAAAGCAGAAGAAAGUUAGUUAGCUGGUCUCAGCUGUUUCUUCUAGCUUGCGGAGAAUGACAUGCAAUAUCCAGUUGGACAAUUUCUACUUCAUAUCAUUAAUUGUGCAUUGUUAAGGUUCAUAAGAACAUAAUUUGUUGGUUGAACAGAUCUUGGUGUAGAAUUGUGUUCUUGCUGAGAUGCUAUCAACAUGUUCUUAUUCCUGAGACUUGCAAAAUGGAUUCUCCAUUUACAGUUAUAAUUUGAGGGUUAUAUCUGACAUCAGAUGUUUUUUAUUUGUAGGACAUCUGCCAUGUAUAGGUUGUCAUAUUAAAUCAGAAAAUACAGAAUAGAAUAAUCAGAUAAAGAUUGACAGAAAGCUUUAGAAAUUAUAGGGAUACAGUUUAUUUGUGAAAAAGGCCAGGAUGGGUGAGAGACUUCUAUUCCUCCCCCUAGUAAACUCCAGAUGUGAUUUCAUGGUUGUCUAUAUAGGCCCUUGGAUGUUGCAGUCUUCCUUUUACUCAAAAAAAAAUCCUGGUGGUUAUUCAGUUGUGUAUAGUGGUAAUUAUCUAUCCUAAACGUAUUGACUUAGAUAUUUGACAAUCAAAUAUGAUGUAAAUAUGUGGGAGGGAGUUCACUUCUUUAGUAUAUGCACAGAAUCAAAUAUGAUGUAAAUAUGUGGGAGGGAGUUCACUUCUUCAGUAUAUGCACAGAAUUUAAGCCCUAGUUUGAAGGUGGCCUUAGUCAUCGCAGAUUAUCUACAAAGUUGCAGACUUCACAUAUCUUCCAAGCAACGUUUCAGGUAUCUGCUAAUUUUAGAAAUUAAUUGUACAAAUUGUUUUACUUGUUUGCAUGUAAAUUAAUAAUUUAGCUGAAAAUUUAGUUGAAAUGGGGGGGGGGAGGGGAAAUUGACGUUUUUCUUCUAGUGUAUAUGCAGAGGGAUGGCCCAGGCUGUGACAUCCUGUAACUGAAGAAAGCCCACGCAUCUGCCUGUGAAGGAUUAAAGGAUGCCUCGAUUCCAUUGCUUCUGUUCCUUAUGUGGCAGGAGGUUUGAGCUCUAAAGGAGUAUUUAAAAAUAAUGUCAUGAAUAUUUAUUCUUCCCUUUCUGUCAUUUGUGAUUGAUUUGGUACACAAGCUGUAGUGAGAACAUGCAUUCUAUAUGUUAUGAAUACUAACUUCUUUUUCAAACGUAUUUUGAGAAGAGACCUUAAAACUGAAACGGUCAAUUGAAUUGUAAAGAAAGUAUGUUUUUGUGUGGAGAGCAUGGGAUUCUCUUUAGUAGGACAGUCGGAUUUUGUGGAGACAAGUAACCUGGUGAUUGCUGCCCGAGUGAAUGUUUUAUGUUCCUGAUUCCGGGCUGAUUCUAUUGCUGUGUCCCACUUUCCUUGCAUCUUGCUUAAUGACAGGUAAUGUUGUUUACCAUUUGCUUAUACCAACCUGUUUUUUAUACUAAAUGAGUAUUUGGUUUGUCAAUCAUGCAGCUAGCAUAAUGCACUCUGGUUUAGACAUGACAAAUAUGAAAGGGUUCAAAAUUGGGGGGGGGGGGGGACAUUUACUGCUGUAGCAUUCACAGAACUCUGUGGGAACAUCUAUCCUGUGUGGGAAGACCAGGAUCAACAUCUUCAAAAUCAUUAACAUCUUGUCACUGCUGAAGAGGUAUUUCAUAUAAAUGUUGAAAACCUGUCAGUUCUUUGAGAGACCUUAUGUGAAAAAGAAAUAUUGUAUGUUAAUUGUAGUCCUAGAUGUAUUUUUACCUUAAAAUAUUUGGGAAAGGGAAAAGGGAAGAGGUUUCUUUUAGUAGGCUGCUGGAGUCAUCCUCUGCUUUGUGAUAGUGGAUCAGCAGUUGGCUUGUGGUCAGACUGAGCAGCAUACUGAAACGACAGCCAAGAGAAAUUGAACUCCAACAUGCAACCAUCAACAACAAUCGGCUCCAAACUUUGAGAAAGGAAGAAAUGUGUCCUGUAAGGACUGCAGGUCUGUACUACUUCAGGGAAAUGGAAAUGCUGCCGCUAAAACUUCAGUAAGCCAGAGGUCAAUGUAUUUUGCUGUAUUUAGUACAAUUAUAUUUUGAAUUGAUCAGAUUUUGGAAAUCAAGUAUAAGCAUAAAAACCUAUAUUCUUUCUACAUCAGAAAUCAAAAUUUGUUAGUUGAAGGGGAUAAUCUGAAAAUACAGUUGGGUUGGGGAAAAGUUUACUUAUUUAUAGGUAAGGAGCAACACACAAGAAGCCAAUACUUGUACUUUCCAUCACACAAUUAGUUGGAUCAUCUAAAGAGGCCAAAGGGUCAUCUCCCAUUUUAAUCUUCAUGGAUACACCAUCAAAGUUCAGAGGUUGGAGUGACAUCCCAUGGACUGCCUACUAUUCUACUUGGGUACUGCUCCAUUCUGUUGGUAAAUAAAAGUAUAUUUGGUUACUCUGUAUGGAAUUGACUUAACUACUACCACUACCCAUGGCUAAUUUUCUAAAAAUAAAUCCUAAAGUUUAGCAUUUUCUUCUUUAAAGUAGUCAAGAAAGGGGUUAGGGAUGGGGGGGGUGAUGACUUAUCUCGGUUUCAGAUAAUGGAGGGAGAGAUGGGUGUCCAUGAGAAGGAACUGAGCUGACGAAGUGGAGCUAGGAUGAGCUUAUUAACAUUUUGGCAAUCUGUGAAGAUCUGCUUCAGAUUAAGCACCAAAUGCAUAUUCCCUUCAAGAUGCUUCAUUUUUUCUUGAUAUAAGGACAAAAACAUGUACAAUGAUUUUUUAAAAUCUGCAUUUUGGUUAUAUAGUUUGUUUCAUAGGUUGUUAUGAAUUUGUUCUAUUGUGGCUAUAUGAUUGCAGUUAUAAAUUUCAUGUUUCAUAGGUUAUUAUGAACUUGUUCUCUUGUGGCUAUAUAUUAUGUAUUUAUAUAAAUCAAAUAAUAUGUGAUUCUGAAAUUAUUAUAAUGUAUUGUGAAAUAUAUGUCGGUAGUGUAAACAUGGUGGAAAAAAUCUUUUGUAUUUAUGUGGCUCAGGUUUUAAACUUGUGCCACAUAAAUGCAAAGAUGGACACUCUGUUGUAAUUCCAUGAGUUACAAGUAGAGUGGGAAAGUGGGUGGGAUUUUUCCUCCAUGUAAAAAUUGUUUCUAAAUUUGGAGGCAUGGAUACAAAUAGUGUUAGUUGAUUUGUUCUGGGUCUGUAAUAGUGGAUAUAGUGUUUUUAUUUGUAAUAAUGUGAAUAUACAUGUUACGUAUUGUGAUGAACUGAAGCUGCGUGCAGCGGUAACUUCAGUUGAAGAUUAGUUAUGGAAAGCUUAAAAGAAAGUAUCAGAAAUGGGUUACUGAGCCUUGUGUCACGUUCGGGAACUUAUCACACAUGCUUCAAAUUUGGGAUUUCACAUAGUAUUGAGGCUCGUGCGAAUUACAAUGUAUGCCGAAAAGUAGUAACAUGCGCGGGGCAUUCCUUGAGACUAUUGUGCCAGUUGAAAGAAGAGCAGGUGGCAAUUCAGCUUUAUGUGGUUGAGGCUACAGCUCGGCGAUGGAUGCGUCUGGGACGAGGGUUCAGCGCGGCAAAGGCUGUGCUGUGGACGAGGGCUCAGCGCGGUAAAGGCUUUGCUGUGGACGAGGGUUCAGCACGGCAAAGGCUUUGCUGUGGACGAGGGCUCAGCGCGGCAAAGGCUGUGCUGUGGACGAGGGCUCAGCGCGGCAAAGGCUGUGCUGUGGACGAGGGCUCAGCGCGGCAAAGGCUGUGCUGUGGACGAGGGCUCAGCGCGGCAAAGGCUGUGCUGUGGACGAGGGUUCAGCGCGGCAAAGGCUGUGCUGUGGACGAGGGUUCAGCACGACAAACGCUGUGCUGUGGACGAGGGCUCAGCACGGCAAAGGCUGUGCUGUGGAUGAGGGCUCAGCGCGGCAAAGACUGUGCCGUGGACGAGGGUUUAGCGCGGCAAAAGCUGUGCUGUGGACGAGGGUUCAGCGCGGCAGAGGCUGCAUCGUGGCCGAGGGUGUACCUUGCAGACGGGUUCAUUGCUGCAGAAGCUGCGCCUUGAUCGACAAGAUCUUGUGCCAAGUCAAAGGCAUUGGUACUGCUCGCACCCAUGCAGGGAAUGAUCAUAAAUGUAGCAUUGGAGGCGAAUGGAUUGUCUCCGCGCUAUUAAACAGUAUUUUGAGGGUUAUUGGUGAAGUAUAAUGUACAUUUCAUUAUUUGCAAAUAUUAAUAUAAUUCUCUGAGCUAAUCUUUUGUGUGUGAUGACAGUAUCACAGGUGAAUGCAAUUCUUAGGUCAUUCGAUUUUCUCUUGUGUUGUAGAUUAUCAGACUUAAAUAACGUUAGUGGAAAAUCUUUCAAAAACAUAUUAGUUGGCCUAUUGUCAAACAGGAUGAUGCCGGGUAAUUCCUGAGAGCGAGGUUAGUAACGAGUAGCAGACUUAAAGACAAGGCCGCUGCCAGAAGGUGGAGUCCCGAGGGCGAGGUGGCUCAUCUAGGAGCGGUCCCGAGGGCGAGGUGGCUCAUCUAGGAGCGGUCCCGAGGGCGAGGUGGCUCAUCUAGGAGCGGUCCCGAGGGCGAGGUGGCUCAUCUAGAAGGAGCGGUCCCGAGGGCGAGGUGGCUGAUCCAGAAGGAGCAGUCCCAAGGACGAGGCGGCUGAUCCAGAAGGAGCAGUCCCAAGGACGAGGUGGCUCAUCUAGAAGGAGCGGUCCCGAGGGCGAGGUGGCUGAUCCAGAAGGAGCGGUCCCGAGGGCGAGGUGGCUGAUCCAGAAGGAGCGGUCCCGAGGGCGAGGUGGCUGAUCCAGAAGGAGCGGUCCCGAGGACGAGGUGGCUGAUCCAGAAGGAGCGGUCCCGAGGGCGAGGUGGCUGAUCCAGAAGGAGCGGUCCCGAGGGCGAGGUGGCUGAUCCAGAAGGAGCAGUCCCAAGGACGAGGCGGCUGAUCCAGAAGCAGUAGUCCCAAGGACGAGGCCGCUGAUCCAGAAGGAGCAGUCCCAAGGACGAGGCGGCUGAUCCAGAAGGAGCAGUCCCAAGGACGAGGCCUCUGAUCCAGAAGGAGCAGUCCCAAGGACGAGGUGGCUGAUCCAGAAGGAGCAGUCCCCAGGACGAGGCCUCUGAUCCAGAAGGAGCAGUCCCAAGGACGAGGCCCUGAUCCAGAAGGAGCAGUCCCAAGGACGAGGCGGCUGAUCCAGAAGGAGCAGUCCCAAGGACGAGGCCGCUGAUCCAGAAGGAGCAGUCCCAAGGACGAGGCCGCUGAUCCAGAAGGAACAGUCCCAAGGACGAGGCGGCUGAUCCAGAAGGAGCAGUCCCCAGGACGUGGCCGCUGAUCCAGAAGGAGCAGUCCCAAGGACGUGGCCGCUGAUCCAGAAGGAGCAGUCCCCAGGACGUGGCCUCUGAUCCAGAAGCAGUCCCCAGGACGAGGCCUCUGAUCCAGAAGGAGCAGUCCCAAGGGCAAAACGGUUUGUUCCUUGAGGGUGAGUUUGCAGCCAUAUAUAUAUAUAUAACGUUCCCAGGGUUUAGGACAUAACCCAUCAAUAUAAUUUGUGGAUAAGAACUCACUCACUGGUCAUUUGAUGUCGCAGAUAUCGACGUUACUUCUUGUUCAUUACUAAGUAUUUAUGGAAAAUUGAAUUUAUGAGAGGAAUGAAGAACGGAUUGGACAUAUCCUCCCUGGGGGUGAGGCCUUUAUAAAAUUUCCAUUGAGGUCAAUUCUUGAAGUCCAUAGUGGCCGCAACCCACCAGUAAUAUUAAUAUACCAUCUUUAUCUGCUUACCGUCGUCGUAAUUUUCUGGGUAGGUUAAAUAUAACUACUUAGUGUAUGUUACUAUCGCUUUGUGUCAACGUUAGUGAAAGAUGUGAAAGCAAGUCGUCUAUUAUGUUGUGAAUUUGGGAUAGGUCAUGAUAAUGUUUGUAUCUUCCAGAGAUCAUCGUGUUCCACAUAAAGAUCAUUGUGGUGGUUGUGAGGAUCCUCGAAGGUCUAAAACCGUUGCUAUCCUUGUGUAAUGGAAGAGAAUACUAUGUAUGUAGAUGAUUUUAGGUCCCUUUUUCAAGAAUAGAUGGUGUGCCUUGAAAACGUUCAUUCUCCUUUGGAUCUUGGUUGCCAUCAUGGGAAAGAGGAAGCAGGGUCGCGUGGACAGCAUCGCCGUUAUCUUGGGGGAGGUGGAGAAACCGGUUAUUAAUCGUUACCAAUUUGUGGAGCUGGAUAUUCCGUCGUCAUGGGAGAGAAAUUGGUCAUGUUCAUCUUUGGGAAAAGGAUGCGGGUGUCACCGGAUUAGGAAGAAGGGAAGAAGAAGCGGGUCGUCGUUGCCCUGAAGAAAAACCUCGCGAUGCGUCCUCCUUAUUGACAUCGGAGUGGGUCAUCUUCAUCGGCACAGCGAGAGAGUGGAUCGACGUUGUUGCCAGUUGCCGUCGCCAUCGACUUUUGGAAGAAUACGUAAAGUCGUCGCAGCUGUCGGGGUGGUUCGGAGGGUAUCCAUCUUUUAAAAAGAAAG